UAAACUUUUGGAGAGUUCAACCUUGACGAACGAGUGAUGUCAAGCAAGAAACAUCCGAGAUUGAAAUUUAAAUGUCCACUUCAGAUUAAAUGUCGCCCUUGUGCCCAUUCCGAAAAUAUCACAACUUCUAUAAAUACUUCUUCUAAUACUCCAUCUGAUGAACCGAGUGUUUCUACUAACUUAGGCCCUGUUGCUUUAGAUUGUGAAAUGGUCGGUGUUGGUAUUAAAAAGGUUGAUGCUUUAGGACGUGUCAGUAUUGUUGAUUAUGAAGGACAACUUUUGUAUGAUGCUAUAGUACAUCCUGAAGAAGAGAUAACUGAUUAUCGAACACCAUGGAGUGGAAUUAGACAAGAAGAUAUGUCUCGUGCUAUUGAAUAUUCUUGUGCUCGAGAACAUGUUCAGAGUAUCAUACAAAAUCGUAUUCUUGUGGGGCAUUCGUUGAACAGAGAUCUUCAUGUCUUAAACUUAGAACAUCCUUCACACUUAGUGCGUGAUAUUGCAAAGGUACAAUAUCCUAAAUUACUUGCUGGAUUCUUGGUGAAAAAUCCCAUUGGACUGAGAGCUCUCACUAUUAGACUCUUCGGUGUAAGCAUUCAAGAUGGUGAGCAUUGUUCAAUUGAAGAUGCCUGUGCAUCUAUGGCUAUUUAUCGAUUAGUUGAAGAAGUUUGGCAACGUGAUCUAGUCAAAGGUAUGAAGAAAACCAGAAAACGUCAGAGUGGAACACACUCACACACUGACAAUAAUCAUCGAGAUAUGUCAGUUGAGUCAAGUGAAACUAAAUAACAAUUGCAUCGUUGUCUUCUGUUAGUUUUUUGGUGGAAAUCGGUAUGAAGACGUUACUCACUACUAGUAAGCCGCCAUUGGCGUGGUCGUCGUCGUCGUCCUGCUCCUCCUCCUGUCUGCAUUUUUAUAAAAUGAAGCAGUUUAUAUAUAUUUUUGUAUAAAACAUAACUUGUAUACUUUGAAGUUUAAUAUAUCACUUUUUUUCCUCUAAAUUUGUGUAUAGUUUGGUGUUAAACUAACUAAAAAGAAAAACAAAAGGGAUAAUUGUAGC